CUGUCUCUGUCUCUGUCUCUGUCUCUGUCUCUGUCUCUGUCUCUGUCUCUGUCUCUGUCUCUGUCUCUGUGGACAUUCAGACUGAGAAGUUUGACUCCCUGUGAGUCGAGGGGGAUUUUUUACUUUAUUUUUCAUGACGUCACCUCUUUGUGCUUCUGCUCUGUCACUCUGCUCCUGAUCUGGUUUUGUGGAAGGAAGAGGACUCUCAUUAAAACCUGUUAGUUGAAGACCCACAGAGGGGACAGAAAGUGGGACAAAUGGGAUCAGAAAAGGACUCCGAAUCGUCCCACUCCUCGGUGAGUGGCGUCCCAAAGUGCCAUGAAGCUGGUAAACGGAGACGGAUCCCCUUCCACAGCCUCUUCCACAGGAAGCGGGGGUCCCGGGGCAGCAGGGGCUCCAAAGGAGGAGCGGCCCCACCUUUAGCGCAGCAGCCGCACCCGUCCGCCUUGACUUCACCGCCCGCCGCUGCCUCCGCGACCCCCGCGGCCGCCGACAAGGACGCGGCCUGCAGCGCCCCGUCCAGGCUGCUGUCCUCCAGCCGGCCGUCCCUGGCCUCGGGGGAGCCCGACCUCCUGGAGUGCCCCCUGUGCCUGGUGCGUCAGCCCGCCGAGCAGCUGCCUGAGCUGCUGGGCUGCAGCCACCGCUCCUGCCUCUGCUGCCUCCGCCAGUACCUCCGCAUCGAGAUCACCGAGAGCCGCGUGCAGCUCAGCUGCCCCGAGUGCGCCGAGCGGCUGGCGCCCCGGCAGGUGGCCGACAUCCUGGACGACGCGGCGCUGCUGGAGAAGUACGAGGAGUUCCUGCUGAGGAGGUGCCUCGCCUCCGACCCGGACUGCAGGUGGUGCCCGGCGCCGGACUGCGGGUUCGCGGUCAUCGCCUCGGGCUGUGCCAGCUGCCCCCGGCUGGUGUGCCGCAGGGACGGGUGCGGCGCCGAGUUCUGCUACCACUGCAAACAGGCRUGGCACCCCAACCAGACCUGCGACUCGGCCCGCCAACAGAGGGCCCAGUCCCUGCACACCCACUCGCCCAGCUACACCCAGGAGCAGGGUCCUGCUGACGACAUCAAGCCCUGCCCUCGCUGCGGCGCCUACAUCAUCAAGAUGAACGACGGCAGCUGCAACCACAUGACCUGCGCCGUGUGCGGCUGCGAGUUCUGCUGGCUCUGCAUGAAGGAGAUCUCAGACCUGCACUACCUCAG